GCUUCUUCUCCCUUCAACCUCCACUUAUCAUGCCACGGUCUAUCUUAGUGCUUCAUGGAUACGCCCAAAAUGCAACCAUCUUCAGCAAACGCCUCGGAGCUUUUCGAAAACAGUGCGGCAAGGAUAUCGAACUAGUGUUUGUCGACGCUCCCCAUAUCAUCCAGCCCGCAGAUCUACGUGUCAACGGGUCACAAACUGAGCUGGGAGCCUUUGAUCCCGCUGAUGGCCAGCCUAGAAGGUGGUAUGACGUGUAUCGCGAUCUCACUAGAGCCAUCGGACUGGAAGAAUCCCUCAUGAUACUCAGAGAUAUUCUCAAACAGAGAAAGUUUGAUGGUGUAUUUGGGUUCAGUCAAGGCGCAGCCAUAGCAGCGUUUCUUUCUGCAUUGCUCGAAAAGCCUCAAUCAUACCCUCCAUUUCUCGUUGACGGCAAGUCUCCUCAUCCUCCAUUCCAAUUUUGCGUCUGUAUCGCAGGAUACAGGAUCACGGAUCCGCUAGCAGAUCUUGUGUUUAACCCUACGUAUACAACGCUGACACUGCAUGUCAUCGGGAAAAACGAUAUCGUGGUACUCGAAGAAUGGACGAAAGUCCUUUUGGGUGUCUCGGCAAACAAACGCGUUGAGGAACAUGAUGGAGGUCAUUUUAUUCCGUCUAAGACAUCGUGGAGAAAGUUUCUUGUGGCGUAUCUGUUGGAUCCUCGAGGUGACAUUCCAUCGCCUGGUAGAGGAUCAGUAUCCUCUACUCCAAAUUCUGGGAGGGCCACGCCAGUUAUCUUCUGAUUCAUAGCAGAGUAUAUUUUAUGGACUAGGACAUUAAUCACAGUCUCGGCCAGAUCACACAUCUAAGGAAU